AUUGGCCGCCGCGGCGAGAGAUGCAAAUAAGCCGAGCCGCCUGAAAGGCCGGGUGCGUAAAAGCGCAGAAAGGAGUUCUCGGCUGGUCGGCUUAGGAGCGGAACUGGCGAAGCGCGCUCAGCACUUGGAGCAGCUAUGCAGCGCCGGGGCGCCCGCCUGAGCCGCGCUUGAGCCGCCUGCGCCUCUGCGGGCAUCGGUCCGGGCUCGAGAUCGCGGACGAGGCAGCCCUGCUGGGGACGAUGGUCCCGGAGCGGAGCGAAGUCGCUUGGAGUUCCGCAGGUAAGGCGUGCGCGCCCGUCUCCUCCGCUGGCGAAGGUUUCCUCCAAGGCUCGCGCGCCUCUUCCAGUGGGUCGGGUCUGGAGGCUCGGAUUUGCUCAGUGGGGACUAGCUGCUUGCCCCGCAGACCCGGCUUCCCUAGGGCGCACAUACGAGGCACCGGCUUGUCGCGUUCAGAGACAUACUAUAAUAAUAAUUUAUUGCUUAUACCCCGCCCAACUGGCUGGGUUUCCCCACACUUGCUGUGUGUACACACACACAUAUAUAACGUUGCCAAACCUAUUGUAAAUGGAGUACCCAGUACCUCUGCAAAGCAGUUGCCAUAAAUAAAGUACAGUAACUUUUAUUUCAGUCCUGGGCUGUUGAAAUGUAAAUGUAUCUGAACGCGGCAAGCAUGUGCCUCGCGUGGGUGUACUAGUUGUGUGUUUAUUUAUUUAUUCAUUACAUUGAUAUCCCGCCUUUCCUGCAAGCUGCUCAAAGCGGGGUACAUAACUUCUCCUCUUGCUACCAUAAGUGUCAACUCACUGGGUGCCCGAACAUCCCCAAAAUUCCACAUGAAGGAGCUGGGCACCCACAAAUGUCGGCGCCACGGUCGCGGGGCCAAGUUGGCGCUCCUGCUUGCUAUCCCCGCAACAACUCUGUGAAGUACGUCCGUUACGCUGAGGCAGUGACCCAAGGUCACCCAGCGAGUUUGGUGUCUGGGGGUUUGAACCCCGGCCUCCCAGGGCAGCACUUUAACCGCUACACCACAUUGUCUCUCAUCUCCCUGUCUGUGUGUCCCCCAAAACUUAAUGCGUGAAGAGUUCCUGCGCUUUUUCAACGCACGGGAUCCUAUCCAACUUUUCUUUCUUGCACCCUUCCCUUUCUAAAGUUUUGGGUGCAGGGACGCUUCCAGAGGCGCAGGAGCAGAGCCAGUGCAGUGGUUGGUGGUAAUUAAUAAUAAUCUCCCUGACCUCUCCAUUCCCAUCCUAAACUGGGUCGCCCGCAGUGGGUGUAAGGCGGGGGGAAAGGGGAAACUCUGCAAGAUGCGCCUUCUCGCUCGUGGCUGCAGGAUAGGGCGCAUCUCUGUGCAUUUUUCUCUUCUGUCCCUCUGCCCUGUUGGGUUCCUUUGCAGAAAGCUUCGGUAGUAGCGGAGACCUGCUUUCUCUGCUCAGAUCGCCCUGUUUCUUCGUCCGUCUCCCUCUCACUUCCUCGCCAGUCACUCCUCCUUUCUUCAUUCCUCUCGACGCCCUUUUCCGAGAGGGCUGCCGGUUCCUUGGAAAGGUGGGCGCCACCUCGGAAGCCCUUUCCUCCAGUUGCUGUCCACCGGACCUUGGGGUUAGGGGUGCGCCUAAGGCAACUCUGGGGUUUGGGCACUGGGGAAACAGGGGUGUGCCAUGCCUUAAAACCUGGAAUAGCUCGGUUGGGAGAACAUGAGACUCUUAAUGUUGUGAGUUCGAGCCCCGUGUUGGGCAAAAUAUUCCUGCACUUGCAGGGGGUUGGACUAGAUGACCCCGCGAGGCCCCUUCCAAUUUACAACAUAAUGAUCUCUAUAAUAAAUGGGAGUUCUGGAAGGGGAGAAAUGAAGUGGAUGUUCCACAGAUGCGCCCCUUUUCUGCCUCCCUUCCUCCUUGGAAAAAGCCACCUUUUGCGCGAUCCUUCUUUUGCACAAUGGUUUUAGGCAGAGGGGUCUCCUAUUCCCGUGGCGUCUGCUUACCUUGCGUGCCGCCUAACCUGGCGCACACAACACAAGGAAAGCGGGCAGGCGACGCAGAGGGAAGAUCGGAGAAGCAGCCUGGCUGCCGAAAUGCCUGGAAGCGGCGAGGGCGACUCUCUGCUGCCCCCCACCGAAUAAAGUGCGCGCGAGAAAGAGCGAGUCAGUUCGCAAACUCGUUAAGCAUCUCUGCUCUCCCACUCCAGUGAGAAACUCCGUGGCUGGUUUGGAUUCCUGUUAGAUGAGAUGUGCGGCAUAUUUGUCAUGCUUGCUUUAUUUACAAACACAUGCAAGCGGAGCGUGAGUUCAGCAAAGAGGUCGCAUUACUUACCUCCAGCUGGAUGGAAACUCUCUUUUUCCAAAUUGCCUACUGCUCUUUCUUUUCCCCUGGUUCAGACACGCCUCCCCCCCCCUUCCAUCCCCUGGAGGGAUAUCUCCUCCCCUGAUUCAAAAACAGAGGAUUUCCCAGAAACAACCUCCUAACCUUUACCUCCCAUUGGUGAAUCAUCAGGCAAACAUCCUGGAUUCUCACCUUGCCCCAUCUGCCUAACAAACGAACUCCUUUCUCAUGCUAUCUGUGGGAUGGGCUUUUGCCUCAAGCGAAAGAAGCGCAGCUGAAUGUGACCUAGUUUGAGUUGCUAAUUCUUUGCUUCCUGAGGGACUCUUGUGCCUUUUAAGCCCUUUGUAAUGGGAAGCCUCCUCCAUCUCCUCUUGCAUUCCAAGCGCUGCAAACUGCCGGCGGAGCGCUGUUGUGCUCAGCUCCUCCUGCUUGCAUGCUUCUGGCAAGCAUCUGGAUGGCCACCUUGACAGCAAGAUGCUGGAGUUAAUUUGCCACUGGCCUCAUCCAUUAGGCUCUUCUGGCAAACUGUUCCUAUCAUAGUUUUGCAGCAAGCAAAAUGUGUCAGGGACAGCCUUCCUCCACUGCUGUAUGCAUCUCCUUCCUGGAGAAAACUUUGCCCAUUGACUUCAGCUGUUCAAGGCAAGGAACCUCCAUUCAUAAAAAAAGAGUUGGCCACAACACACCCAACUGCAGCUCUCACUCUCUCUUUCCUCCCACUUAUUGUUUGUAUUAAAGCUGGGCUGAGAGGCAGUCAACCAGGAAGUCCAGUUUCACCAGCUGCCAGGCUGGGGAAGCCGGUCUCUGAUGGGCAGGAGAGCAGCUGUCCUUCUUGUGAGUCACAUGCAAGGCUCUGGGCGGCUUUGUCAUUUACUGAGUUGUCCUGUGUUUAAAGCAUGAGAAGUGAGGCUCUAAAGCACGCACCCCCAACUUUCGGCCCUCCAGAUGUUUUGGACUAAAAUUCCCAUCAUCCCUGACCAGUGGUCCUGUUAGCUAGGGAUCAUGGGAGUUGUAGGCAAAAACAUCUGGAGGGCCGCAGGUUGGGGAUGCCUGACCUAAAGCCUCAGAAAAUUUGGCUACCGCCUGCCCAUCUUCUUCGCUUCCUCCCUAACCCUGUCACUCCAGUGCCUUUAGGACCAAACGAUCUGAUGUUAAGGAUGCCAAAAUCCUUUCAUGCAGUUAAAUAAAUGGCAGAGCUCUUCUUUAAUUUCUGGAAACUGCAAGUGGGGAGAGGGCUCUUAUGUUUUCUUCAUAGCAGCUGUAUAGCGGGCAGGAGAUAGACAGGCAAGCCUUUCUCAGGCCCGGAGAUGCAGAAAUUAGGAAAGCUUCACUUCUUGCAAGACGGGGGCACCUGCGGCCCUGCAGGUGUUGCUGGACUACAGCUCUCAUCAACUCCAACCAGUAUAGGCAAUGGCUGAGGAUGAUGGGAGUUGGGAGUCCAGCAACAACUGCAGGGCCACAGGUUCCCCAUCCCUGGUGGGGGUGCAUCUUUCUCCUCUGCUUGGGAAGCUUGGAGGAGUCGCUCUGAAUUUGGGAGCCAUUUGCAGUGUUCUUGAACUCAAAUUCUUCUUGGAGGCAGUGAUGCAGUGCGGUCGUUUUAGCCCCUGGCCUCAGUGGAUUGACAGGAGGGAGUCCUUCUCUAGAAGCUCGUGUGGGCAUUACUUUCCUGCCUCCAAUAUGGUAGUGUGGUAAGCAGACCCUGUUUCAUUUGAGGGUCCUUCUGCUUAGUGGGGGCCCUGGUGUCUUCCCCAGAGUCCUGCCCUGGCAGUGCCACUGUAGGAGCCAUCAGAACUGUUGCUGGAUCUGGAACAUUGGUUGGAACAAGAGUGAACAGAAGCCUAGCAUGGUGCUCUCAUGGUGAAACAGCUAUAGCAACGUCCCAGUGUGAAUCCAGUCCCAGUAACUUUGUCGUCUACUCUUUUCUCUCUAGGUAAAGACAAAGAAUCCUUUGAAGCUCUGUAUAAGCAAGGCAGCUUGCUGGGCAAAGGCGGCUUUGGGAUGGUCUACGCUGGACACAGGAUUGCUGAUGGACUGCAGGUGAGACUUUGUGAUGGGAGUGGCUGCUGGAGGGGCACUUCGCACGUGAUGCAGCAGCAAGUGUGAGCUUGCAACCGUGUAUGGCAGGGGUCAGCAACCUAAGGCCCAUGGGCCAUAAACGGCCCACGGGGGUCAUUUAACCGGCCCCCAAACUGAGCCACCCGCUUGCCUGGCUAAACCAGCACAGCAUGGCACAGGGACUUGCUUCCACAGUGCCAGAAAUCGCAUCUGCGCAGUCGCAGAUGCCAGAAAUCGUGGGUGCUCAUGCUCAGGCCCACAGAGUAAUCUCCACUGGAGUGAACCGGUCCAGGUGAGGUAAACCUUGCCGACUCCUAGUGUAUGGGAUAUCCCCAAAACAUGGAGGGGGGAGGAGGAAAGGGAAUGUCAUUCUGUUGGGCCAGCAGAAACGCCUGUGCUAAGACAAUCUCCUUAGUGUUACGGGUUCGGGGAAUGUUGCUAAAAGAGAAAUUCUGCAGUCCUGAUCUAGGGAAAGUCUGGCUGUGAUCCUGCUUCAGUCUCUGUGGGUGGAGGGGGUUUAAAAGUGGUGUGAUUUAGGCUCUUAUCUCUCUUGUGUUUUCUCCCAUAGGUUGCAAUCAAGCAUGUUGCCAGGAAUAAAGUUUCCCACUGGGCAGAGCUGGUGAGUUUGUUCGAAAAGCGUUCACCUUCCAUACUGAAGCAACAUUCUGUUGACUCCUUAGUUACCCCUGAACUCCUUGUACUAAGUUUAUUCUUUGUCUUCCUUUUGCAGCCUAACGGGGCGGUGGUGCCUCUGGAAGUGGCGCUGAUGAAGCUCGUGUGCUCAGGAUCUGGCCACCGGGGCGUGAUUCGCCUCCUGGACUGGUAUGAAGGCCCCGAAGGCUUUUUCCUCGUCCUGGAGAGGCCCGAGAACUGCCAGGAUCUCUUUGACUAUGUGACUGAGCAGGGCCCCCUCCCUGAGAAACUCUGCCGCCAGUUCUUCCGCCAGGUGGUGGAAGCCGCUCGCCACUGCCACGAAAAGGGGGUGGUGCAUCGGGACAUCAAGGACGAGAAUAUCCUGGUGGAUUUGCGCACCGGCAACCUCAAGCUGAUUGACUUUGGUUCUGGGGCUUUGCUGAGGGAUUCUGCCUACACAGAGUUUGAUGGUAAGUGUCAAGGUACUGCUGGAGCGUUUUCCCCCCUUUGUAGGGAAGUGAGACCUAAGGGCUCUGGCAGUGGAAAGCUGGGAGCUGCAACUGCUGAGAGCCUAUAUCAAAAUUUACUUCUCAGCUCGACUUCCCAGGGUACUGUCAUCCCCUUGGAGAUGGUUAGGAUCCUGGUCUCAGGGUCUCUAACUUCUGAGCUUGCUUUGAGGUGUGGCCUAUGUUUAUUUAUUCGUUAUGAAUUAUUUGAAGUCCCAGUAAUUGGAGGUUUAAGAAACCCACAAAGCCAGCUCCUGCGCAAAGAUCUGCUCAGUGGGCCUUCUGUAAGGGUCCAUCUUACAGCCCACUUUGUCUAAAGCAGGGACUUCUCAAUCAUGGCACUGUUUUUAUGGCUUAGAAAUGCCAGUCUUGCUAAAUCUGGUGAGUUUCAGGAAACCGACAAAGGCUGUCUUCUUCAGCCAAAGCUCACUAGGCAAAAUUACUGCCAAGAUUGUCUUUCAGAAUCUGGUUCUGAUUAUUUGUUACUAGAUCGCUUGUUGUUCUAUCAGCAUUGCUGGGUUUAUUUUAUUUUUUAACACACACUUUCUAUUUUUUUUCUGCUUUAAUUUCUAUAGAAGUGGUCUUUAAUUUGUUUUAAAUGCAAUACUUAGAGGAGUUUUUUGUUGUUGUUUUUUUUAAAAAAAUUGAAUGUAUCUUAGGCUUGGGACGAUUGGUAACCCAUUGGCUUCUCUCACCAUCUCAGGUACCCGGGUGUACAGCCCACCAGAGUGGGUGGAAUCCCAGCAGUACCAUGCCCUGCCAGCCACAGUCUGGUCGUUGGGGAUCCUCCUCUAUGACAUGGUGUGCGGCGAUAUCCCCUUUGAACGGGACGAGGAGAUUCUGGCUGCAACUGUGGAGUUCCGCACCCCUGUCUCUGCUGGUGAGUGUCUGCAAACUGAGGAGGUCUAGUUAUAAACCCAACAAUGAGUUGAAUUUGAAAUGGUUCUUACAUUUCCCCUACUCAUGCUGAUCCGGCCUCUCGACCGCAGGGCCAUUUACCCUUUGAGAAGGACCUGGGUGGCUCUUGAUAUGAUUUUCUUGUAAGCCACCUAGGAAGAAAAAAAAAAUCCUAAACGGUUCAAGAUUCCCCAUCUCUCCUUCAUUUUUAGCUCGUGCCUAAAAGUUCGUUUUUACUUUGUGCCUAAAAGUUCAUAGGGACGCGGGUGGCGCUGUGGGUUAAACCACAGAGCCUAGGACUUGCCAAUCAGAAGGUCGGCGGUUCGAAUCCGCGCGACGGGGUGAGCUCCCGUUGCUCAGUCCCUGCUCCUGCCAACCUAGUAGUUUGAAAGUGAAAGUAGAUAUAUCAAAGUGCAAGUAGAUAAAUAGGUACUGCUCCAGCGGGAAGGUAAACGGCAUUUCCGUGUGCUGGCCACAUGACCCAGAAGCUGUAUGCCGGCUCCCUCAGCCAAUAAAGCGAGAUGAGUGCCAUAACCCCAGAGUCGGCCACGACUGGACCUAAUGGCCAGGGGUCCCUAUACCUUUUAAAAGUUCAUACCCCAUUCCUACCUAUCUACAGUCUUAAGGACUAGUGACUUUGGUGUGUGUGUGUGUGUACCUUUUAAACAAGGAAUUUCAUUCUCAGUUUCUCAAAUUGGUAAAUCCUUCAUUUAGGAUUGAAUCCCUGCAAUCUCAAAUUCAGAUUACAGUGUACAAAGACCUAACUGGCACAGGGUGGCGGAAUGCCUUUGCAAGCCAAGGCUCCUGUAUAUCCUUGUAAUGUUGGCUCUUCUACUUUCCCAGACUGCCAAGAUCUAAUCCGAUGGUGCUUAUCUCUGGAACCUUCUGAACGGCCAACGCUGGAACAAGUGCUGUUGCACUCCUGGCUAAAGCCUGACCCUCUACUUCAGCCUGAAGAACUGCAGAGCCUAGCAAGCCCUCGGGCCACCGUUUGCAACAGCAGCGGCUGAGAGACUUAAAACCUCUUCUCUUCUCUCCUCCCCCUCUGCGAUGGGGAGGUGGUGCUAAUUUGCUACCGCUGAACCUCAGGCAGCCAGGCUUGGUCACUGGCUGAGAAAGAGUUAACCUGGUUCUACAGGUGUGUGUAUGUGUGCUUGUUUAAAGAGUUUCCCUCUUGUCUAGAGCCACAACUGGGUAGAGAAUUCAGAUGUCGGAGUGCAAAGUCCUCUCAGCUGCCCAAAGGAUGUUUGAAUUCUGGGCCUGCCCAGCAAUCAAACGUAAUUGUACGUGUAAAUACUUGUGUAUUGCAAUUUUUCAGCCUUUCGGAAGAAAAGGAUUCUGGGGUAGGUUUUUGCUGCCCUUUUGUGUGUGUGCAUGUGUGCUAAUUUUUAAAAAGGAAAUGUUUGCAGAUAAAUUUCACUCAAUGAACUCUGAAUGGAAAUCUAUUUAAUAAAAUUUAUUUUGUGAAAGUGAAUCCUUGCUCA